CUGGAGUUCAACCAGGUCAAGGCGGACUACGAGCGCAAGCUGGCCGAGAAGGAGGAGGAGAUGGAGCAGGCCAAGCGCAACCACCUGCGGGUGGUGGACUCGCUGCAGACCUCGCUGGACGCCGAGACCCGGAGCCGCAACGAGGCCCUGAGGCUGAAGAAGAAGAUGGAGGGCGACCUCAACGAGAUGGAGAUCCAGCUCAGCCACGCCAACCGCGUCGCCGCCGAGGCCCAGAAGCAAGUCAAGACGUUGCAGGGCUACCUCAAGGACACCCAGCUGCAGCUGGAUGACGCGGUCAGGGCCAACGAGGACCUGAAGGAGAACAUCGCCAUCGUGGAGCGGAGGAACAACCUCCUGCAGUCGGAGCUGGAGGAGCUGCGGGCGGUGGGGGAGCAGACCGAGAGGGCCCGCAAGUUGGCCGAGCAGGAGCUGAUCGAGGCCAGCGAGAGGGUCCAGCUCCUCCACUCGCAG